AUGCCCUUGCCGAUGCCCAUGACACUACCAUCGCCAAAGGCUCUUUUUCCCACAGAGAAUAGCGCUUUGCCGUCGUUUUUCACUCCUCAGUUUACGAGCACGGUGACACUGAACGCAAAUGUGCCGCACAAACGACCAACGUUACAAAACCACCAAUCGGCGUGGAUGGGUCUCCCCGGACUGCAAUUAACGGGCAACGAAUUUUUAUCGUCAGGCAGUAGCUGUGGGAGCAUGUCGAGUGCAUCGAGAGUGGAGGUUCUGAAACGACAGGGCACUCCUGGACGUGAACGCAGCAACUCGGCUGAUUUAUUUCUCGACUGUGUUGAGAUGAUGAAUCCUAUAACGGCAACACUGAACAAAUGCAACUCGGCAAUGAGUAUUGCAACAAAUGAAACCGACGAUGAAGGUAGCGACCAACAGUCCUUGGCCUCUCCGAUGGACAGCGAAAAUCGAAACAACUGCAACUUUCCUGGCGUGCAAAAGCAGUGGUGGGAUCACAUCGAUAUGGGCUUCGGUGCCAAGAACAACGGGGGCUUCUGCCCUAGACAAAACCAGUUUCAAACGUGA